AUGUAUGAAUCCUCUUCAGUAUUUCCCACAGCAUCAGCAGCAGCAGGAGGAAAAACAGGAGCAGCCAACAUAAGGAUGAAAAAAAAGGAUUUUCUAGAAGAUUUUUUUUAUACCGGAAAAGGAAAACCGUCAACUUUUUUUUUAUUGGGGGUUGCAAAGAAGGGUGUGUGA